AACCUAAAAUUUUGAUUGAAAUUUCUUAACUUUGGCGCUAUUUUUUGUUAAAAAUUAAGAACGUAAAUAAAGCAUAUCAAAUUCUAUUUAUGUGGUAAAUUAAGAAUUUAUUAGCCUAAUAAUUGACUAGUUUUUAUUAUGGAAACUGUGAAAAGGUUGUCUUUGAGUACCACUUUAAAAGAUGCACGAAUAUUUGAUGAUGAUGCUUGGGAAGAAAAAGAUGGUAUUCAAAUCAAAAAGGAAAUCAAACAGGAACCAGAGGAUAACAUAGGCUCUGUAGAUGAUAGCCUUGAAGAAGGUGAGUUAGAAAAGACUCUUUUAAACCCUAUCAAGAAAGAAAAGGAGGAAUUAAGAACGCCAUCACCACCACCGCCUACACCUCUAAUAACUACUAUUAAAGAGGAACAAACAUCACUUUUCUCACUAGAGACCAUUGAAAAAUUUAAAUCAGACCCAGAAAAUUUAUUCAACGAUUCACCUUACAACAAGGAAAUUUUCAGUAAGCUCCAGAUCAAAGAAGAGACACCAAUAAAGUCUGAAGUAGAAGACUCAAAUUUAGUUUCAAGAAAUUCUUUGAAAAGUGCCAAAAGAACGGUUUUUACUAGGAAUUCUCCUUAUAAAAGAUGCGAUGAUGGUGCACAGAGGGUGUCAGCAAUGAGUAGAUUGGGGCCUAAAGUUGAUAAUACCGACAAAUCCAGGAAUCGGAACUAUGAAACAGAUUUGGCAGUAAUAGCAAGGCGGGAAAAACAAAUUGAAUAUGGAAAGAACACUAUUGGAUAUGACAAUUAUAUUAAAACAGUUCCUAGGGAGGCUAGAAAACCAGAAGAUCCACAAACACCAAAUAAGUACAAAAAAUAUUCAAGAAGAGGCUGGGACGGACUUAUCAAACAGUGGAGGUUAAAAUUGCAUAAGUACGAUCCGGCAGAUGAUAGUAGUUAGAUUUUAGUUAAGUUUCAAAAUCUAGAUAAGAAUAUUUGUUUUGUAUUGACUACGAAUAGAAUUUUAUUUUUAAGUAUGAAAAAAAGUCUGAUUGCUGAAAUAGAUAUCGUUUUGAUAAUUAAAGUCAAUAUUUAUCUAA